AUGAACUGCAUUCUCACUGCCGAUCCCAUGAACGUGCAUCACAUCACAAGCAAGAACUUCAUCAACUAUGGGAAGGGGUCCCAUCUACGUGAGAUUUUUGAUUAUUUUGGAGAAGGGAUUAUUAACUCUGAUAAUCUCCAUGCAUGGAAACUAGAGAGGUCAAUACUUCAUUCACUGCUUCAAAGGGAAACCUUUACCAUCUUCCUUCGAGAAUCCAUUCAGAAGAAGCUAGAGAAUGACCUAAUUCCAUUUCUUGAUCAUACAUCCGAGGUUGGAACUGAGGUAGACCUACAAUUUACCCUUCGGAGGUUCACCUUUGACAUUGUCUGCUAUUGUUUUCUUGGCUGUGAUCCUCAGACCCAUAACAAGAUUUCUAAGCUUUCACAUCCUGUUUAUGAGAGAGCCACGGUUGUGAUGGAGGAGGUGUUGUUUCACAGGCACAUUACACCAAGAUGGUUGUGGAAGUUGCAGGAGUGGCUCCAGAUUGGCCAAGAGAAGAAGUUCAAGGAAGCAAGAGAAUUUUUUGAUAAAUUCUUGUAUGAAUGCAUUGCAUCCAAGCGUGAAGAGAAAAACAGAUGCAAAGGCACCAAAGAAGUGGAAGAUACUCAUCAUGAAAGGGUUGUAGAGCCGGUUAUUUUGAAUAAGUUAAACAAUUGA